CCAGCAUCCAGCAGGGCAAACAUUAAGUCCCAGAGUUCCAUGCUCAGCAUCUAAAGCAGUCUGGUUGCAAGCUCCAAAAGGCUUGGGUGAUUCCACCCCCAGGGCACUUCCAGUGAUUUCAACUCCCACAGCUUUUCUCUUAAAUCCUCUCUGCUUGCUUUUUACAGCUUUCCUUGGAUCAUCCAUGUUCCUGGCUUUUCCAAAAUUCUGGGGUCUCCACUGCAUCUUUGGCUUCAUCUUUACAUCUUCACAAAUUGUCCUCUCAGGGACACACUGCUUGGCCUGCCAGGCCCUUUGCAAUCGAGGUGGAAGCUGUCUGACCCUCAGAAUUUGUGCAUUUUCCUUGUACCUAAAAUCAGCACGUUGUGGAUGCCGCCAAGGUCUGCUGCCAGCUGACCUCUCUAUUUCCCACCAACAAUCAAAAUCUCAACUCUGUCUUUACAAUCCACAGCCUUCCUGGAAUUUUCCUUCUGGCCAAACUCACAGCAUUGUAAAUUAUCCUCUGGGCUCUUUGCUCUUGAUUUGAAACAUAAAGCUGGCUGAAAGCCCCCAACAAUAGCCAUGCCAUGGCCAAUGUUCAAUUGCUUUUUAAUUUCUUUUUCAAGAUUAAUCAGUCCAUUGCCCUUUGUCUCAGUCUCAGGCAAAGUCUCUAGGCAGGAGCAAAAUGCAGACAAACUUUCUGCAUUACACACACCAUGUGGAGUCCAACAACCAAUGCAGUCCUUCUUCCCAGCAGAAACCUCCCAAGCCUGGUCUUUACCAUCAGGCUUUCUAUCAGCCUUCUGAUCUCUGGAGCUCUGACCAGAAUCUCCUUUACAGAACAGCCUAAGCUGCUCCAGCUCUAUGCAUCCAGACAACAUGUCCGAACCUUUCCAAACUCUGCCCACAAGCCAUUUCCAAAGCCUCUUCAAAAACAUGGUCAGCUAUAGUUACAGCAAACGACCCCACUCUCGGUGCCAAAUUCUGUCUUAGUUACUUUUUACUCGUUGCUGAGACAAAAUACCUGAAGCCCAAGUUGGGAAAGGAAAGGUUUGUUUUUUACAGUUUUUGGAGGUUUCAGUCCACACUCAGUUGGCUCCGAGGCAGGCGCAGUUCAUGGCGGCUGCAAACAGGGAGCAGGAACCAGCAAAGAGCAAGACACACCUUCUUCUUGCCAUUACAUCACAUCCUGGCUCCACCCUUUUGUGGGUGGAGCACUGACACCAUCAAUCCAAGCACUAGACAAUGAAUGAAUGACAGAUGCACAAUUCAAACUCCUGAGUCCUUAGGGCCACAGACAUAAACCAUGACAUUUGUCAAUUCUGUAUUUUCAAAUAUUUUAUUUGGCCUAUUUGCUUGCAUUCUUUUCUUUUCUUUUUUUGGGAUGAUCCCAUUAGGUAGCAUUGGCUGGUCUCAAAUGCUGUUAUGUAGCCAAGACUGGACUUGAGCUCAUAGUGAUCCUCUUGCUCAGCCUCCCAAAUGCUGGCAUUAGAGGUAUGCACCACCAUGCCAAGUGGUUUCAAUGUUUAAUUCCUGCUUUUAGUUUCUUUCAUAUAUGCUUUUUGGGUUUAUUCUGAUGUUUGUUUUCUCUGCCUCCUUUUCCAGCAAUUUGUGUCUUAUUAACAUCUAGCCCGUCUUCCUUUAUAAUUCAAACAUUUAAGGUGUCAGUUACUCUCUGAGGGCCAAUUGAGUUGCUGUUACUAUACCACAAAGCUAUAGUCACUAUAACUUUGAAAUGUAAUAUUUUAUUAUCCAAUAUUUUCUGUUUUUGAAAAUAUACUGUAACUUUGAUAUCCAGGUUAUAUGAAAAUUUGUCUUAUUUCCAAAUGUGUUGGGAUUUUUAGUGUUCUCUUUCAAAAAAAACUGAUAUGUGAUUUAAUUGUUUGCAAGGUUUAUUUCCUUACCAAGCUUUUGUAUAUGUAUUCAGACCUCCCCCAUAACAUAGUCAUUGCUUUAAAUGUUGUGUUGACCAGUUUUGAGGCCCCGGCUUGAGGCUGCUAAUCUACGCCCCAAUCUCUUACUUAUGAGGUCUCAUACUUAGGGCCAGCAGCUCUAAAAACAAGGCCAGAUAGCAUGUAAUUAGGUGUACUCCUGUUCUCUGAGCCCUCCAAAUCUAUUCAAGGUAUCACUGGCACUUGGAACUUACCAUGCAGUGCAGCUACACUGUUUCCUUACCUUGUCCCUGUGUACAGACAACCCUUUGUGACCGUGCAUAUUUCCCAGGUUGAGCGUGGAUGCGUAACCACUGCGGUGUGGCAGUGGAGUCCUGUGGGCCCCUCUUGAAGGCUGCAAGGCAGCAGGUAUCUGUCCCGUUUUUGGAAAUGCUGGUCCCUGUGGGCCACUUUAGUGCCUUUAGCCUGGAGAAUUGACCUUCAUGUCUCUCUUUGGUAUUGAAAUAAGGCUUUACAUGUACACCAGGGGUCGCUGCAGUCCUGUGUUAAGACUCUAGGUCAGUGCUGUGCUCCUUACCAACGUUCUGGGCAGAGUUUGCACUGAGUCUUCUGAGGUGGGGGAUGGGGUGAGGCUGUAGAGUUCAGUCCUCUCUGCUCAUAUUGCGAAGUGAAGUCCCGUGGCACCUUACAUCUAUGACCAUGUCAGGAGUCUGGGGAUUGGCCCCAGCUGAAUCUCCACUAGUGAUACUUUGGGCAUAAAAAUCUGGGUUCUUAUUUUUUCAUGUGUGAAAUGUAUGUUGCUAUAUAAACUGAACCUUUUUGGGGGAUAUGGGUUUUUGCUUUUUAAUUUAGUUUUGAGAUCUUCCCAGUAAUGGGUGUUGAACUUAGUGCUUUUGCACUGAGUUAUAUCCUCAGGGCUUUUGAACCGAGCUAUAGCCUCAACUGUUUAAAACUUUUUUUUUUUUUUUUUUUAAUUGUGAGACAGGGUCUUCCUGAGUUGCCCAAGCUAGGCUUGAACUUUCAAUUUUCCUGCCUCCGUCUGCCAAACUUCUGGAAUUACAGGUGUGCACCACCAUAUAUAGCUGACCCUUGCUUUUGGAUUAAACACUGAGUAGGAUGCUGAGUGUGUCUCAUCCUGUAUUUCUUGGAAUCCCAGUGAUGGCCAAGGGCUUAACUCUGAAGAAGCAGAUUUCCCCUAUUUAUUAUCUUAUUCAUCCUACUAAUUCUCACUGCUGUUGCCACUGAUGGACAGCUACAUGUAUCAGGCACUGUGCUAAGUGCUUUACAAACAUUAGGUCAUUUAAUCAGAUCUCAUUCAUUCAGAGAACAUCAGACCUCUUCAGAGCCCUUGCCAACCUGAUCCCAAACACAAGGGACAUUUUUACUUGAAAAGAAAUUCUUUUCUUCAUUAAAAAGCCAACAAGUAAUCUGUGUGUGUGCUGUGCUGGAGCUCGAACCCUGGGCCUCUCACAUGCUCAUCAAGUAUAGUGCCGCUGAGCUACACCCCCAGAUCCCAGUAAAUACAUUUUUAGGAAAUAAAAAAGGGUUUAAAAAAAACAUUUUCUUCCUUAUGUUCUUCUUUUCUUCUGCCUCCACAAGAAAAAAUCAAAUGUUCUGUUUUGAGAAAUGAGUCACUGUUUUUUUUGCUUCCUACUUUUUAUCAAAAACCCCACUUGAGCUCAGCAGAGCCAUGUGAGGGACCUCACUGUGCUCACAGGAAGCCGUGCUCCUUCAAAGGCACCUGUACUUCUCGAGUGAGUGUCACACUGCCUCUCAGAUCCUCCUAGCACUACCUUAGUAAAGCCAGGUGAGUGGGGAUAGGGCCGUGCAUGGGGAGAGCAGUGUGGGCCGAAGGUGACUGUGGGGUACAGAGGCCGGGAUGCCUGGGCAUCUUGGUCACAUUGCUGCGCGCAGGUGGCAGCUUGCUUGGAGCUCCCACGCCCUGCCUGACCCGCGCUGUGGAGCCCUCAUCCGAUGGGCACCUGGACAUGUAGGGCUGGUUCUUCUCCUUCCUGCAUGCACAGCUGUCAUGAGUCCACACAUCCUGGAGAAACAGCCUCUUCUGCUCACACCUAAACCAGCCUCAUGGAGCCUGUAGAUUUAAAAAUGAACCCCACUGACACAGCAGACACCACUAUGGACGGAAGCAUCUAUAGCAAUUACUACAACUAUGAAAGCAGUGUGCCUGGGCCUUGCACCAAAACAGGCGUCAAGGCUUUUGGAGAGCUCUUCCUCCCCCCUCUUUACUCCUUGGUUUUUCUAUUUGGUCUGCUUGGGAAUUCUGUGGUGGUUCUGGUCCUCUUCAAGUACAAGCGGCUCAGAUCCAUGACCGACGUGUACCUGCUCAACCUGGCUAUCUCGGAUCUGCUCUUUGUGCUCUCUCUCCCGUUCUGGGGCUACUAUGCUGCAGACCAGUGGGUCUUCGGGCUAGGUGUGUGCAAGAUGAUUUCAUGGAUAUACCUGGUGGGCUUUUACAGCGGCAUCUUCUUCAUUGUGCUCAUGAGCAUCGACAGGUACCUGGCCAUUGUGCAUGGGGUGUUUUCGAUGAGGGUGAGGACCUUUACGUAUGGGGUCAUCACCAGCUUGGCUACAUGGGCAGUGGCAGUGUUUGCCUCUCUUCCUGGCCUACUGUUCAGCACUUGUUACACUGAGCGCAACCACACCUCCUGCAAAACCAGGUACUCUGCAAACUCCACCACAUGGAAAGUUCUGAGCUCUCUGGAGAUCAACAUUCUAGGACUGGUGAUCCCCUUGGGGAUCAUGCUGUUCUGCUACUCCAUGAUCAUCAGGACUUUGCAGCACUGUAAAAGCAAGAAGAAAAACAAAGCAGUGAAGAUGAUCUUUGCUGUGGUGGUCCUUUUCCUGGGCUUCUGGACACCUUACAACAUUGUGCUCUUCCUGUACACUCUGGUGGAGCUGGAAGUCCUUCAGGACUGCUCCUUGGAAAAAUACCUAGACUUUGCUCUCCAGGCCACAGAAACCCUGGCUUUCAUUCAUUGCUGCCUUAAUCCGAUCAUCUACUUUUUUCUGGGGGAGAAAUUUCGCAAGUAUAUUGUGCAGCUCUUCAAAACCUGCAGGGGCCCAUUUGCACCCUGCCAAUACUGUGCACUCCUCCGGAUUUACUCUGCUGACACGUCCAGCUCCUCUUACACGCAGUCUACCAUGGAUCAUGAUCUCCAUGAUGGUUUGUAAAACAUGAAAAUGCAAAGCACGAAGUUAAUGAGCUUCCUAUAUUUAGAGCUUCCUUAAAAUUGUGUUCUAGUAAUAUCCUGAGCAAGGCUGGCAUUAACACCCAGUGUGGGCUUCUCAACCCGCAGUAAUCUUUUCCUCUUCUGAGUUCAGUCCCAUAAGGAUUCAUCUCACCCCAGGCCUGCCUUCAGGGAAACAAAACUCUGAAGAGAAUGCUAAGUGGUUUCGAUGAAGAGAAGGAAAACACUGAAAGAGAGACUCCUCCCUCUAACCCUAGCCAAAAGGGCUCUCCAGGAGGAAAUGGACCCUGAAAUUUCUAGCUUUUGUGAAACAAUGUAGAGAACUUUGGCAUGCUGUCCUAGAGUUUUUCUAAUAGUAUAUCUGAAGCAUGGCAUAUUCUGUGAAACCAGAUACAUAUAAAAACCAUUCAUGAAAUCAUGAAUCUGUAUCUUGAUCCUUUUAUUGUGAAGGAUCAUUUAUUAAUUGAACUAUAUCUGCUGGUUACAAGUGUAAGGAUACAGUAAUAUUACUGUGGACUGAUUUCCAAGUGUAAAUUUUAAGGCAUUUAAGAUCCAAACACAUUGUUGAAACUCAAACAUAAUUCCAUUUUCAUGUGGACAUGUUUUAGUUAUCAAGGUGAAUAUUCAACCUUAAAAAUAAAUAAGGGGCCUAAGAGUAUCGCUAAGUAACAGAGCACUUGAGGUCCAUGGUUUUGUCUCCAGCACCACAAAAGAAUACGUAGGCUUAGAAUAUAUUUAUCUAAGGCUUUUCUUCUUUACAAAUAUAGUCUUCAAAAUUAAAGAUAAGGCAUACUAAUACUAACAAAGUGAAAUACCUCCCUAAUCAUUUUGAAGUAGAAUCCAUCAAUUAAGGUAAGAUUAAGAAUAAUCAACUAAAAGUUAUUGCUGAUGUGGCUUAAAAAUGACUGCUCCAAUCAUGACAUUAUAUAUAUUUCCUUGUCCCUCCAAAGCCAAAACUCUUCUUGCUAGCAAAUGAGUAAAAAUGCGUCUGUUAAACUUACAUAUUACUGCAUGCUCUUUAAUUACAAGGAAUGCAGUUCCAGAAAAUUUACUUUGAAAAAAGCAGGUUUGUUUUGUUUUGUUUUGUUUUCUGAGAUAGGGUUUUAGUAUGCAGUUCAGGAUGGCCUUGAGCUCAUUUUGUAGCCCAGGCUGUCCUUGAACUCUCAGUGAUCUUUCUGCCUCAGCCUCCUGAGUGCUGGGAUUACAGGCAUGUGCCACCACACCUCACUUAAAAAUCGGUUUUAAAAGAGAAAGUUACUAUUACCUUCAUAGAAAAUAAAAUGACCUUGUAUAUAGUCCCACAGAACUGCCUUUUCUUCUGAUCAUGUUUGUGUUUGAAUUCAUAACGUGGAAGAGUCAAAGCUGUUCAUUUGUCCGCUGCUUUGUCACAUGUUGUAGAUGUGGUGGAUUUACCCAAGGAGAGGAAUCAAAGGAUUUGCUCUAAAUGGUUCACAUGGUUAGUGUCACUAAAGUUGGUAUACAACCCCCCCCACUGCUAAAUUUGACUGGCUUAAAAAAAAUAAAAAUUUUAAAAAAUGGUUCACAUGGGGUAGAACAAGGACUCACUGUCAUGCUAAGAGUCCAUGGGCAGUGUUUCCUGAGAAAACCUCUGCAUGAUAUCCUGUGAUCUCCCAAAUCCUAGCUGUGUUCUUUGUAAGCCGGAGUAUGUUAACUUUGCUCUUAUCCAUGGUCUCAUCAUCUGUAAAAGGGAAUAUAUAGCAGAGUGAUUGAAAUAAAUAAAUAAAUAAAUAAUG